UCUCAAAUGUCAAUCUGAUUUUCGGAGUUUUUGUUUUCAGUUCAGUUGGUUAUUUGACGUGACUUUAAAAUUUACUAAAAAUUCAAUAAAAAUAUGGAUGAAAAACCACUUAAUCAACGAUCAACGGAAAAUUCAGAAAUCAAUCAAGAUGAACUCAUUUUGCAGCAACAGAGACGUAUCGAAAAAGAGAUUUCGGAAACAAUAGCGCUUGUCGGUGAGAAAGAAUCUUUAAAGGCCCUUGAGAGCGAAUACGCUGAAGAUGAAGUUUAUCUGUCAAAAGCAAAGAUUUUGGGUGAAAAAUAUUCAUAUUUUCGAAGAACGAGACCAGAUGGAAAUUGUUUCUUUCGGGCGUUUAGUUACGCUUAUCUUGAGAGGUUGAUCAGCAAUAAAGAGGAGUAUGAAAAAUUUAGAGAACUCGCAUUAAACAGUAAAGAUAAUUUAGUAUCUUUAGGAUUUCCUCAAUUUACAGUUGAAGAUUUUCACGAUACAUUUAUGGAGGUAAUUGACAGAGUUGGAGGAGGUACAGAAGCAAGUUACGAGGAAUUGCAUAAACUAUUCAAUGAACAAGGUUAUUCAGAUUACGUCGUCGUCUAUCUUAGGUUAAUAACAUCUGGUCAUUUACAACGAGAGAGUGAAUUUUUUCAAAAUUUCAUCGAGGGCGAUCGAACUGUCAAGGAUUUUUGCCAUCAGGAAGUGGAACCAAUGUUCAAAGAAUCAGAUCAUAUUCAUAUAAUUGCAAUGAGUACGGCACUUGGUACGGGUGUGCGAGUAAAAUAUAUGGACAGAGGUGCAGAGAAGGAGGUAAUAGCUCAUGAUUUUCCCGAAAAUGCCACACCAUCAGUUCAUUUACUUUAUCGUCCAGGUCAUUACGAUAUUCUCUAUCCCUGAUGAUUCAUGGCCUACUUAUUAUUUUAUUAUCAAUUGAAAAAUUGUGUAUCUCCUGUUUUUAAUUAUAUACAAAAAAAUACCUCAAACGUGUUUCAACUUCUGAUACGUAAAGAGUAAUGAAUUCAAUGAAUAUAGGAAUUUUUGAAAUUUUAAUGAAUAGAAAAGGUGUAUGGAUCCCAAAGUGCUGUACUUCCGGCAUAUUACUAUUGCUCGAAGUUUCUUUUUUUUUUCUCUUCAUAUUAUGAAGAAAUCACGAGACUAUUUUUUUUUUUUUGGAAAAUUUUUUUUUUGCUUGUGACUCCAUUUUUGCAUAAAUAUAAUCUUACAGUUACAAUUAAGAGUAAAAAUUACUUACUACAUUUGUA